GCAACCAUGAUACCGCUCGAAUUCCUCUGGAGGUUUUGGUCAAGAUUAUGGUUAUGGAAGGGCAUAAAUCCCCCAAUAUCCUUGGUUUCACUUCCGACAGACAUCUUGGCCGUCAUUUUUGAUUACCUCGAAGUUGGGGAAACACGCAUUGAAUCUCCACACAUCAAUUUGCUGUCGUUGUCGCUCACUUGCCGCAAGCUACGUGUCGCUAUACUACCACGCGUCUUUCGCAAGAUAUGUAGCCAUAGUGCAAGCUGCGAAUCAGUGUGGCCGAAGUCACUCUGGCCGUUCUUCCGUACCCUCCGUCUGCGGGAUGAAGAUACCCGAACUCCUGUGCUCUCGCCUGAACUGCUUGACGUCUUGUCCGCGUUGCCUGCGGUGACAAAGAUUGUCUUGUCCACGGAGUCGGUUAUACCCACAGAUUUUUUCUCGGCGGUAGCUGGGCUUGGGACGCUACAAGUUCUGGAACUGCGGCAACUCAGACUAGACGGAGAAACACCUUCUAUGCCUCUGCCUUUUCCAUCUCUCACGAACCUGAUUCUUUCCAUCGUUGGACCAAGAGGCGCCACCCGAGUUUCCGGCAUCGACGUGGACUGCGAAAAACAAAAUGUCGCUUCCUUACUGAAGAAUCUGGCACCCCGUCUUGAGAGGCUAACUAUUUCUGGAGACCUACUGUCACCCUCAAUAUGCGACACCUUAUGGCCAAAACUACGCGAACUCGUCGUUACGGAGCACACUCCGAUUCCCUACAUCGCGACUCACCGACUUUUGGCACACAUGCCGGCGCUGCAUUCACUCUCACUGCUAUAUACAGCUGACGUAUCUCGCGACAAAACUGUUGGGUUACACCCACCUUUGACAUUGGGUACAUCGCAUGACAUGCUCACCACCUAUUCGCCGCACUUGACUGCCGUCACACUAAGCAACACAAGCCUACAUGACCCCAUCUUCGACCAGUUACCAUUAACACUCGAUUCACUGAGCAUUUUGCCUAUGUGGGACCUGCACGGUCACUUGGCAUAUCCCGGCGGGCUCGGCGAGGUCAGAUUCUUUAGAGAUCGGGCAUCAGAGCUUCUGCGACGUCUUGUCCGAUUCAACUACCUCACGGAAUUCACCUUCGUGGCUAUGGUCGUCAACCCUAAACCGGCAUUCGUCGACCUAAUUGCAACAUCGUUUCCCUUACUACAAACUUUGCACCUUGGGCAACGCGUCUUCCGCGAAUUCGACACUUAUCUGAUCGAGAUGAACGAUAGUCAUUUUAUAGCCUCGCUUGGCAAUCUCCCAGCCUUGCGACACCUCAAAUUCUCUCUUGAUAUCUACUACCCGGCGGCAGAUCGCGGAGCUCCAGCAACCGCUGCAUGGCUGCUUCUUAAGCAGCUUCCAAACUUGCAGACGGUAUCUUACCGAUGGAGACACUAUAGUAUAUCGCCGCGCAGCGGCAUUUGGUAUUCGUGGGAUCGCAGCAUUUUACUACAGCCAAUACCGCCUCAACUACCGCUCAAGCUUCCUAGAAGGGACGACAUCGCAAUAAGGACUUAA